CCUGUUUACCUGUUACACUCCACUCGUUCACCGUCUUACAUACUACACAUACUACACAUGCUACAUACCUACAUAGGUACCUAAUAUUUAAUGCUACCAGAUCCACAUUCAUAUGAAAGACCACAAAGGCACAUACUCAUCCUAUAAUCCACGUUCGACAAAUUCUUCCAGAUUCGCGUAAGAAAGGGAAGGAAGAUCGAUGAACUGAAUGAACUCAGUCUAAGCUCGUUAGUCGAGCAUGUCAGCAAAUAAGGCUGCCCGGGUGGGCGAAGAGAUUUGGAAGGGUCGCAUAGAUAAGGUGAACGCCGAACUUGUCACCCUGACUUAUGGUACCAUAGUCGCUCAGCUAUGCAAGGAUUUUGAAGGCGAUUAUGUCGAGGUCAACAAGCAACUCGACAGGAUGGGCUACAAUAUUGGCCUACGUUUAAUUGAGGAUUAUCUGGCCAAAUCGAAUACCAUGAGACGGUGCUCGAAUUUCCGGGAGACGGCCGACAUGAUUGCGAAGGUCGGUUUCAAAAUUUUCUUGAAUAUCACGCCAACCGUGACAAACUGGACAAGUGACAGCAAGCAGUUCUCCCUCGUAUUUGAGGAGAAUCCCUUGGCAGACUUCGUCGAACUCCCCGACGAUGGUAGGGCCCAGGACGAGCUGUGGUACUCAAACAUAUUUUGCGGCAUCCUAAGAGGAGCGCUCGAGAUGGUGCAGAUGCAGGUCGAGGCACAUUUCAUUAGUGAUGUGUUGCGAGGGAACGAUACGACCGAGAUGAGAAUAUCUCUGAUCAGAUACAUUGAUGAUGAGUUACCGCCUGAAGACGACUAGAUUGGUUGAGGAGAGGAAAUUUGCUUCCGCCUUGCUUCUUCCCACUGGCAUAGGCUGGUAAUGAUAUUAUUUAGGUAGCCGGAUGUAAAUAUCCGGCGACGCGACAUGAUAUCUCCUUGGUUGGCACAAGACUACACUAUCUACCUAGUAGGUGACAAUCGCUUGGUGGAGCAACCCCGUAAGUGUUGAGGUUUCUACGGCGGUUGUGUAGCCAACCAGAAUCAAGACUCAGGAGCUGCUGGCAGUACAGUUACUGAUUCUAGUAGAGUUGUAGUUUUAUGCCAACCAAGGAAGAAGCCUUACAUUGCCCUAGCAGUAUGGCCUACCAGAUGUUAUACUAUGGAUAGGUGUAUCGUGUUUUUAUCUGUUAUUUAUCUUUAUUUUUAUUUUCUG